AUGGUUAAUGGUUCGCAUAAUCAAUUAAUAAAAUCUCGACCUAUAAAUUGUACAAGUGAUUAUGAAGGUGAAGAAAAUGUCGAAGACGACGAAGAAUUCUUCUCGGAAGAUGAUGGUUAUGAUCCUGAAGCUCCUGAAAUGUUGCCUUAUCCACGUAAAGAUUCAAUUACUACUAGUAGCGAAGAAGAAAGGAGAAGUUUGGUAAAAGUGGAAAAAGAGGCCGUACUGAAAAAAAUGAAAGAACAACAAAAGCAUUCUUGUUCAUGUUCUGUAUGUGAAGAAUUGGAAACACUUUAUGAAUCUUAUUACGAAGAAUUGAAAUCAUAUGCAAAUCAACAACAAUUUGGCCCAUCUGCUAUUGAUGAAACAAGAAAAGAAAUAUUUAAUUUUGGAAGUAGUCUAACUGUUAAAGAAGGUGGUAUUUUAACUGUGGCUGACGAUUUUCUAAAAAAUGGCGGCAAAAAAUUUCUUGAGAUGAUGGAACAGCAACGUAUGGAAGAGGGUAGGAGAAUGUUUCAAAUAUUUGCUGCUAGAAUGUUUGAACAAAGAGUAUUAAAUGCCUACAGAGAAAAGGUUGCGCAAGAAAGGCAACAAAAAUUACUUGAAGAGUUAGAGGAAGAAAAUAGAUUAAAGGAGGAACGUGAGCUCAAAAAAUUAAAGGAAAAAGAACGUAAAAAAGAUAAAAAAAGAGCCAUAAAACAACAAAAAGAGGAGGAAAAAGCUAAAAAAGAGGCUGAAAGGUUGGCUGAAGAAGCUGCUAUACGAGCUGAACGUGAAAAAAAAGCCGAGGAAGAUCGUAAAAAACGUGAAGAAGAACGUCUAAAAAAAGAAUCUGAAAGAAGAGCAAGAGAAGAAGAAAGAUUAAAGAAAGAAGAAGAAAGAAGGCGUAAAAUAAAAGAAGAGAAAGAGAAAGAGGAACGUAAAAGAAAAGAACAAGAAGCAAGAGAUCGUAAAGAACGUGAAGAACGUGAAGAAAGAGAUCGUAAAGAACGUGAAGAAAAAUCUCGUAGGGAUCGUGAAGAUAAAGAGCGCCGUCAGCGCGAAGAUAAAGAAAAAAAAGAAAAAGAAGCAAAGGAACGUAAGGAACGCGAGAAAAAAGAAAAAGAGGAGGCUGAACGUAAAGAGAAAGAAGAAAGAAUACUAAAGGAACGUCAACAGCAGCAGCAAUUAUUACUACAAUCACAAAUACCAAAUCAAUCCUCGUCAUCAUCAACAUCGUCUCAAUCAAGGCAAUAUUAUGAACGUAAAAGAAUCCAACCUUUAGUUUUACAACCAGUUACAUCUCUUCAUUCACAUUUACAGCAGCAGCAACAGCAACCUUAUAUUUACAAGAUUCGUCAAAACAUUCCUGGGAAUCAUCGAAGAUUUCUUGAAGAUUUGACAAAAGCUGCAAUCAUACGUGAUUAUAUUAUAUCAUGUAUUGAAUGUGAUGGUGAUAUGGAAAUAGAUGGUAAAUUAGACAGUAGUAAAAUCGCUGAAAACAAUGAAUUGGUUGAAGCCUACAAUGACUGUUUAAAUAAAAUGGCAAUUUUCAGAUCCAAGCAUUUACAAAUUGUUUGCGUUUACAUUAUUCAAGCACGUAAUAAAAGUUCAAAAGUGGAACUAGAUUCUAAUAAUAAAGAUGUUACCAAUGGUGCUGUCACUAGUGGUUCAAUUAUAAAUGGUUCAAUUACAAAUGGUACUAUUUCUAACGAUUCUACAACUAAUUUUGUUGCUGCUAAUAAUAAUAAUAAUGAUGAUAUGGAAAAAGAAGAUAGAAGCGUACAAAAGAAAAUUCGAUAUUAUAAUUCAACGACUAGUGAUAUGCAAAAUGUACAGAAUCAAAUGACCAUGAUCAUUCAAGAUAUACAAAGAAAGGUUAACGAAAUAUAUGUAGAUCGGAAAGCAGCUGGCUUUGGUAACGGUCAAGUAGAAAGUAAUACAAAGUGGAUAAAUGCUCAGCGAAUUUCACGUCAAGCACAAAGCAAUAUCGUACAGCGUAUUAAAGAUACUAUCCACAAUGAAUUUACCGAUCUUUCUAAACCAGAAAAUCGCAUUGAAAACAGGAAAUUGUCCGAACUUGUUGAGAUUGGAUUGAGUCUGUUGAAUCUUAGUUUAGAUACUUUAGAUCCAUUCAAAUUUCAAUUGAUCAUGCGUAGAAAAGGCCUUGAAAGAGUUUCGGAAACAAUUGAUCAAGCUAUUGAAUUGGGCCUUAAACCUUUAAAAAUCAAUUCGGUGGUUAUAAGAGGAAUGAAUGAAAAUGAAGUAUUAGAUUUUAUAGAGUUGACACAAAACAAGCCUAUUUAUGUAAGGUUCAUUGAAUAUAUGCCAUUUAAUGCUAACAAAUGGAAUGAGAAAAAAUUUAUACCAUAUAAAGAGUUAUUGGAUAAUAUUAAAUCCAGAUAUCACACCAUUCGAAGGUUACCUGAUGAUUUAAAUGAUACUUCAAAGGCAUAUUGUAUACCUGGAUUUACUGGAAAAUUUGGAUUUAUUACUUCCAUGUCAGAUCAUUUUUGUGGAACAUGCAAUCGAUUAAGAAUUACCGCAGAUGGCAACUUGAAGGUUUGUUUGUUUGGAAAUACAGAAGUAAGCCUUCGGGAUUUAUUACGACAAAAUGUUUCUGAUCGAGAGCUAUUGGAAAUUGUUGAAGUGGCUGUUAAAAAUAAGAAAAAACAGCAUUCUGACGCAUUUGAAUUGGCUAGAACAAAAAACAGACCAAUGAUUCUAAUUGAGAUAUUAAAUAAGAUCGAUAAGCCAAGGACAAUUUAUUGUGGGUUAGAUCCAACAGCCAAAAGUUUACAUUUAGGAAAUUUAUUAACUUUAAUUGGAUUAUUACACUUUAACAUUUGUGGACAUCGUAUCAUAGCUUUGAUAGGCGGAGCAACAGGAUUAAUUGGAGAUCCAUCAGGUAGAAAAUCAGAAAGACAAACAUUACCAAUAUCAACAAUAAAAGAAAAUGUUAAUUAUAUUGAAAUACAAACAAGAAAAAUCUUUAAUAAUAGGAGAGAUUAUGCAAAAAAAUAUGGACAUGAAUUCAAUAAUAAUAAUCAAAAUGAUGAUGAUAUUUUAAUACUUAAUAAUAUCAAUUGGUUUAAGAAUAUGCCAGCUUUAGAUUUAUUAAGCGAUAUUGGGAGAUAUUUUAGAGUUAAUAAUAUGUUAAUGAAAGAAAGGUAA